UUUCACCUCUGACCUCAGGCUACAGCGGAAGGACAAACGAAAGGUUUACUCGAAGAGAAAAUCAUCGUAGUUAUCAGAGAACACAGAUGAAUGAAACUGGCGAGAAACACUUGGAGAGUGACGAGGGCAGUUUUAAGACAACUCCCGAGUCUUCCUUUACUAUGAGCAGCCAUACCGGAGAAAAUCAUGGGGAAUAUAUAUCUGCACAACACCUAGCAAAACAGUGUGGAGACAGGACAGCUCAAACGUCUCAGUUAUGGAAACACACGAGAACCCAUACAGGAGAGAAGCCCUACAAGUGUGACCUGUGUGACUAUUCUGCAGCACGGAAAUCCAAUUUGGACUAUCAUCUAGUAAAACACACAGGUAAAAAACCCUAUACGUGUGGGGAGUGUGGAUACAGGACAGCCCAAAGGUCUGACUUAUCCAAACAUAUGAGGACCCAUACAGGAGAAAAACCUUACAAGUGUGACCAGUGUGACUAUUCCGCUGCAAGGAAAUCCAGUUUGGACAUUCAUCGAACAAUACACACUGGUGAGAAGCAGUACAUGUGUGGGGUUUGUGGAUACAGAUCAGCUCAAAAGUCUGACUUAUCUAGACAUAUGAGAACCCAUACAGGAGAAAAACCCUACAAGUGUGACAGGUGUGACUAUUCUGCAGCUCAGAAAUCUAAUUUAGACCAUCAUCUAGCAAUGCACGCUGGUGAGAAACCCUACAUGUGUGGGGAGUGUGGGUACAGGACAGCUAACAAGUCUCACUUAUCCAGACAUAUGAGAACCCAUACAGGAGAAAAACCCUACAAGUGUGACCAGUGUCACUAUUCUACAGCACAGAAAGGCACCUUAGAGAAACAUAAAGCAACACACACUGGUGAGAAACCCUACAUGUGUGGGGAGUGUGGGUACAGGGCAGCCCAAAAGUCUGACUUAUCCAAACAUAUGAGAAACCAUACAGGAGAAAAACCCUACAAAUGUGACCAGUGUCACUAUUCUGCAGCACGGAAAUCUAAUUUAGACCGACAUCUAGCAAUGCACGCUGGUGAGAAACCCUACAUGUGUGGGGAGUGUGGGUAUAGGGCAGCCCAAAAGUCUACCUUAGUCUAUCAUAUGAGAGCACAUACAAGAGAAAAUACAUACAAGUGUGACCAGUGUAGCUAUUCUGCAGACUCCAAGUCUGCCCUAACUCGACAUACGAGAAUUCACACGGAGGCACCGACUCUGGAACUGUAACAUCUUGUACUGACAUUUUCAUCAAAAGUGACAUUUUAGUGCGCACAAUCAUCUCUUAACUAUAGUUUCUCUAUUGAUACCAAGCUUAGGUAUGUAUAACAUCGACAUCUGUAGGGUCGAUAUUCUGUAAAAUGGAUAAAAGUUGCGAAAUUCCAAACCGUUUUUCUGACCAAUUUUGACCCAUAGUCAUGUACUAUUGUUCAUUGUAUUUCUAAGCACUGUAGAACUAUGGUUCAGUUACAAGUAUACAUGUAAUUCUUAGCCAGAGUAAUAUACUUGGGGCAAGCAUUGAAUCUUUUCUAAAAGAAAAAAAAAACGUUUUUCGCUAUCUAGCUUUGUAGUGGAAUGACAGUAAACAUGGUGAUAUUAUUUGGAUAUUGUACUUGAUUAGCUAGUGAUGAACAUCAGUAAACGACUGUACACAGUAGACGUUAGUACGGUUGUGUUCCUAGCUUGUGUGACGAAGUGCCUCCCUAUAUACUCAACACAAUUUUAUUUUUUUAACAUAUGUUAACUCUUAAGACUAGGGUUGUAAUGAUCAUCAGAAGUGUAAAAUGACCGAUGUGCUUAAAGUAGUUUCGAACAGUAGAAACUUAUUAUUUUAAUAAAA